AUGCAGUCACCGUUAUAUUCAGAUUUCACGACUGCCCGGGCCGCGGCGAGGAGCCCCCGGCCUUCCCGGGCGCCGCGGCGCACUGACCUGCGGUCGCCCCCGCACCUGGGCCGCGGCCCUCGCACUGGUCGUCGUCGCCCGCGCCCGCCGUCUCCGCCCGCCCCCGCCUCGUCCCCUGGCGCUGCCGCCACCGCCGGGGCUCAUGCGGGACCCGCGCUUCCUUCUCCGGAGACCGAGGCCGGGAGAGGGGGCGACGGGGCCGCAGGAAAGCCCACGCUGGUCGCCGCCGCCUGUCCGCAGCCGGGAGGUGUGCGGGGUCCGCCCGACCCGGCCCGGCUGAGGCGCGGGGAGGAGGCGCCGCCGCCCGGGGCCGAGAGCGCCGGGUCUCAGAGAUGA